CAGAGACACUCAAGAACAGAGGAUGCAGGUCCCCUGACUGCAAUUGGUUUCAGUUCAGAAUACUACAACUGACACUUUAUGUGCUUACAGACACUUGACACUUCUCAAAGCCUCAUGAAGAGUGGACUGCAACGUAUCAACUGAUUAAACACUUCAACAUCGAAACACGUUUUGAAGUUCGGUGCCUCUGCCAACAUCCACCUGACCAAGGGAAAACGAUGCACCCCGUGACUGCUGCCCUCUGGACUGCAGUCAUGUUGGCGGGACUCCGGCUGGUUGCCGCGUCACCUGACAGCACUGUGGACUACUCAUCCAAAAACCUGUCCUCCGUUCCCAGAGACCUGCCAAAGGGGGUUGAGUUUUUAGAUCUUUCAUGCAAUCACAUACAGCAGCUCCACCGAGACGACUUCAGAAACACAAGCCUCUUGCGGUCUCUGAACGUGUCAUGGAACAGCCUGGAGACGAUUGAUCCGGACACCUUUCUCGACGCACCACUCCUGGAGGACCUGGACCUGUCCCACAACAGGCUGAGAAAUCUAUCGGGUCAGCAGUAUCUGCUGAACACGGGGAACCUCCAGCUGUUAAAUCUGACCUCUAAUGCCUUCUCCACAAUGACACUGGGGAGUGCGUUCAGUUCCCUGGUAAAACUGAAGAGAUUAGCGCUUGAAGCAAAAAACAUCAGCGUAGGAGAUUUCAAGAAUAUUGCUGAAGUGAAACUUUGUACACUAACCCUUUGUCUGGGGGAUGAACUGGGUUAUGAAGCAGGUAGCCUGAAGGGUGUUGAUGCUAAGAGGCUUCAGAUGAUCUCCUCCAGUGAUAAACUAAUGGACUAUGGUCCCUAUGCUGAUGCUCUCUCACUCUUUGUUGAAGUGGAGUUGAUGAAUUUGACAGGAGGCUACAGAGAACUAAGUAAGAUAUUAAGUGAGAAAGUAAAAAUCCUCACCUCUCACCUUUACUUCACCGACAUAUCAAUUGAAUGGAAAGACUUAACUCACUAUGUAAAUGUGAUUCUGUGUUCAUCUAUAGCCCAUCUGGGCAUUUCUGAUGUUGUGAUGUCCCAUCUGCCAUAUAUUGACUCCUAUGUGAUCCAGGAAUCUAAGAUGAAGUCAUUUUCAGCCAGACAGGCAAUGGUUAAGUCCUUCUUCUUUUCCCAGGAGGCUGUAUGUAACUUUUUCAUCAAUAUUCCAGUUGAGAGUUUGGCAAUCACAGCGACUUCAAUCAUACACAUGACCUGCCCAAAAUCUCCAAGUCCACUCCUCAAGCUGGACUUUUCCAACUGUGCGCUGUCUGACUCCAUCUUCUCCAGAGUAGAGGGUCAACAAACUCUUGAAUGUCAGAAUCUUGGUAAUGUGACGCAACUGAUUUUGGCUGGCAACAAUCUCAAAAGUCUUCAGUUGAUUAGUGUACGUACACGGUACAUGAAAUCCCUGAAGUAUCUCCAACUCGGCCUCAACUCCCUAUUUUACGAGGGUCAGGAGUGUGUCUGGCCACCAAACAUCAUCACUAUGAACCUGUCUUCGAAUUGUCUCACAGACUCCGUUUUGCAAUGUCUACCAAAAGGAAUAGAGACACUGGAUCUCCAGAACAACCAGGUAUCCGUGGUACGAGCAUCCAUUUUAAAACUGGAAAACCUCAGGUCUCUGAAUCUGAAUGACAACAGGCUACGGGACCUGCCAGUGUGUGAUGGUUUCCCCAUCCUGAAUGAACUUCUCUUGAAGUCAAAUUCUCUCCACGCCCCAUCUGUGAACAACCUGAAGAGCUGCCCCAAACUGAGAACCCUGGAUGUCAGUCACAACCCUUUCACCUGCACCUGUCCUCUGAGGAGUUUCAUACAUCUGGGAAUCAAAUCUGACCAGAACAGUCACACAGGUAUUGGAUUGUGGAACUGGCCAAUAGACUAUUACUGCACCUACCCAGAGAAUCUUAGAGACACCACAUUGAAAGACACUUGGAUCCCGGAGGUCACCUGUAAUGCUGGCUUAUUAGCUGCCACUAUCCUGUGCCCUACAGUGGCUCUGAUUGUGUCAGUUGUGGUCCUGUGUCACCGCUUGGAUGGUCUAUGGUACAUACGCAUGAUCUGGCAGUGGACCAGAGCCAAACAUCGUGCCAGAACACAAUCGGACGACUUGGCUGGUGUUGAGUUUCAUGCUUUUGUAUCUUACAGCCAGCACGACGCAGACUGGGUGCAAAACGCCCUCCUUCCCAACCUUCAAGGUCCCGCAGGAAGGCUGCGGAUCUGCCAGCAUCAAAAACACUUUGUGCCAGGAAAGACUAUCGUUGAGAACAUUAUGAACUGUGUGGAGAAAAGCCGACGCUCCAUUUUUGUGCUCUCUGCUCGCUUUGUUAAGAGCGACUGGUGCCAUUAUGAGCUGUACUUUGCCAACCACCAACGCCUCUCUCGGGGAUCGGACGGCAUCGUGCUGGUGCUGCUGGAGCCUGUGCCUAAAUAUAUUAUCCCCUCCAAGUACUAUCAGCUGAAGUCCAUGAUGGACCGCCACACCUACUUGGAGUGGCCACAGGAGAGGUCCAAGCAAAGGCUGUUCUGGGCUAACCUUAGAGCUGCCCUGGAGGCAGACCUCCCAAAUGCUCCCGUUACAGAGCUCGAGGAGUGACUGUAGAAGACUUUAUGGGGAAAGGGAACCAGAUGAAGAUGAAGUGUGAACGUGGUAGAGGAAGUUUACCAUCUAAAUUAAAAUACUGGAGUACAAACUACAGACAGUGAUUGUUACUGUAAGUUAUGAAGAUAUAGAUCA